AUAAGCGCAUUCGCCAACAAGUCCGUUCGCCAUUCGGCCGGCCGUAUCGUGCACGUAAACCUUGCCUCAUGCGGUAAAGUUCCCGUGCUGACAGAAGUUCAAAACCAUGACGUAGCAUUUGCUGACCUUAGCAGGCUUGCGACCUUUCCCCUCUUGGUCUUCCCGUCAAUCCCGUCGGCGGUUCCAUGCAGCCGGCGACGAAGCUGUCCUACGCCCAAGAUGGUCUUGCAUCAAGCACUCGCGCCGGCGACGGCACAAUGCUCAUUACAAUGUCCGACGUAGGGAAUGAAUAAAGGUAGGGCGUGCAACUGUGAACAUUGCUUCUCCUCCAUUCAUCACACCUCAUCUAAAGCCCAGCCUGAACAUACACAUCGUCUUCUCUCUCAGCCAAUCAGUCUCAACUCCCAGCCCAUACGAAUCUAGACACAGCGAGCAACAAUGGUCAGCGUCCGCGAAGUCGUGUCAGCCAACGCGGCCCUCAAGUCUUCCCACGAGCAAUUGACAGCCGUCUUCACGGGCGCCACCAAAGGCAUAGGCCUAGCGACUCUGCAAGCGUUCGCAAAGCAUGUCCCGAAACCGACAGCGAUCAUAGUCGGCCGCAGCCAAAAGUCCUUCGAACAUGACCUCCAGAAGCUAAAGAGCAUCAACCCAAACGGCACCUUCAUCUUCAUCGAAGGCGACGUCAGCUCGAUGAAGAAAAUCGACACCCUAACCCCUAUCAUCAAAACCCACCUCAACGGCGCCAAAAUCGACCUCUUGUACAUGUCCCAAGGCUACCUACCCGUCUACGGCCGACAGGAGAACGCCGAAGGUCUCGACAAUGGCAACGCAGUCCGGUAUUACGGUCGCGUCCGCCUCGCUCAAAACUUGCUACCGCUCAUGAGCAAGACCGGCAGGAUGAUCAGUAUCAUGGCCGGAACGCAGGAGGGCAAGCUCAUCGAGCACGAUCUCGAGCUGAAGCAGAACUUCGCUUUCGUGCAAGCGCUUACGCAGGCGGCGACGAUGCAGACGCUUUCGUGGGAUUACCUCGCCGCGCAGAAUCCGGAGAUGGGCUUCGUGCAUGUGUACCCGGGUGUCGUGAAUACUGGACUACUGGGACGGAGUGCGACGGGUUUGCUGUCGUGGUUUAUCACAUGGUUUGUUGAGCCCGUGGUUAGUUUGUUCAUCUUGCAGCCGAAGGAUGUGGGAGAGAGGAUGCUUUAUUAUGGUACUACGGCGGAGUUUGGGAAGGGGAGUUGGGCGUUGGAUGAUAAGGGGGUGCCGCAGGAGACGGCGCAGUUGAAGGAGUAUAGGCAGACAGGGUGGGCGGAGAAGGUCUGGGAGCAUACUCAGAAGACUUUUGAGGAGGCGUUGUCGAGGUAGCUGAUGAUUUGUUCUUAACCAUGUCUUUUGAGCGUAUUUAGCAUGUAGUAGUAUCUAAUGGGCAAGUUCAGGAUGUCCUUCAACGCAACGGCCUGGUGCGUGCGCAAUACCAUCACGGCCUCCCGUAAUUACCCGGAAGAAUCUCUCCUCGGACAAAGGGCCAGACCCU